AUGGAGAAAAAUAAAAAAAAAAGAGAUCGUGAAGAUAGUACAGAUCGGAAGGAUACACCGUCCCACAAGAAAUUGAAAUCGGAUUCGACAAAUGACCGAGCUGCAGACACAUUAUUACGUUUCACCAUGUCCAAAGGGUAUCAAAUGAUGGAGAAAAUGGGUUACAAAGAAGGCGAAGCAUUAGGUAGAAAUAAAAAUGCCCUUAAAGAACCUCUAAAAGUGAAAAUCAAUUCCAAAAGGCAGGGCAUUCGUGCAAGCACACCUGACCCAUCUACGGCAAAUGACACGCAGAUGAGUGAACAAGAAUUUAGAAAAGGAGAAAGUGAGACGAAAAAUAAUGACCGAUUGGAAAAAAUUUGGCACAAAAUUCAAAGGACUGCUUUUGAAAUAAUGGGUGAUUCUGAGUUAUACAAUCCGGGCAAUGAUCCGAGAGACUUUAAUGUGCUUUGGAGACCCUAUGUUUCACAGCUUAAUGAAAAAUUAGGAAACUUGAAUAGUGUCACUAAUGAUGAUACGGAGGCGAAGGAUGAUAUGAAAUUGAUGUCAGAGGAAGAGUUAGCGUCUUUACCGGCAGACCAAAAUAUUAAAAUCAAACACCGCCGCUCCAUUAUUGAUAUUCAUAUAGAGGACAGCGAACUGGCUGCAUUGAAAGAGUUAAGCAUCAAGGAAAGGAUAACGAAGUUGAACGUAUUCCUGAGAACUGAAAAAUACUAUUGCUUUUUUUGUGGAGUCAAAUAUAAGGACGAAAGUGAUCUUUUCGAGCAUUGUCCAGGAGUUGAUGAGGAGGACCAUGAAUGA